AUGGUGAAACUAGAACCUUUCGAAGUCGAUCAUUGGAUUUUGACUCGGGAUAUAGGUCCCAAGUAUAACUUGGCCCAUUCAUACUCCCUCCCCGUCACAAUUAAUGAUCUCAAAUCGCUGUCCGAGAAUGAAGCAACAGGUGAUCAUCUUCUCGCCUCAGUUCAAUCCAUGCCGAUGAACUACGGCCCUUCCUUCACAGGAUUGGAGCAACUACGUGAAAAUAUUGCGAACUUAUACUCAGAUGAAUCAUCAAUAACUAUAUCAUCUGACAAGAUUUUGACAACCCCUGGCGCAUCGCUGGCGAACUUUAUCGUGCUCUUUGCAUUAGUUGGCCCUGGGGAUCAUGUUAUCAUCCAGUAUCCCACCUACCAGCAACUAUACUCCCUUCCAGCUUCCCUUGGAGCGGAGGUUAGUCUGUGGCAGGCAAAGGAAAAUGAUAAUUGGAAUCUCGACAUGGAGGAACUAAAGGGCCUCAUUAAGCCCAAUACAAAAAUGAUCGUCCUAAACAAUCCACAAAAUCCAACCGGCGCAAUCAUCCCCAGGUCACGCCUCGAAGAAGCUAUCGAAAUCGCCAAAAGCCACUCGAUAACAGUCUUCAGUGACGAAGUAUAUCGUCCCAGUUUCCAUUCCAUCGCUCCAGAAGACCCAGACUACCCGCCCUCAGCCCUUUCCUUUGGUUACGAAAACACUGUCGUCACCAGCUCCCUAUCAAAAGCUUAUGCCCUCGCCGGGAUUCGAAUAGGAUGGAUCGCAUUGCACAGCAAAUCCAUCCUCGACCUCUGUAUCAAUGCUCGCUCCUACGCCCUCAUAACAGCUAGCCAAGUAGAUGAACAGAUCGCAUCACUGGCAUUGAGUCCCUCUUGCGUCCACAAUUUGAUCAAACGUAACACAACGCUAGCAAAGAAUAACCUUCACAUUGUUCAACGGUUCAUUGAUGAAUUUUCGUCGAGCUGUCAAUGGGUGAAACCUGUUGCCGGGCCAAUUGGGUUCAUCAGAUUUACUAGGUCCGGCCAUCCGGUAGAUGACGUGGAAUUCUGCACAAUGCUCCUAGAAAAGAAGGGAGUUCUUCUUGUGCCGGGGAGAAAAUGCUUCGGGGAUGGGAAGAAUUUCAGCGGCUAUGUACGUCUUGGGUUUGGUGGGGAUACGGAGGUUUUGAAGGCUGCGUUCGAUGCUUUGAGGGAGUUUAUGCUUGAAGACUACGAGUCGUUGCCUCUGGCAGAUUGA